AUGCAGGAGUACCUGGAUAGAAUGAAGACCGUGCUGGCCGAGAUCGAGGCUGAACAGCCACCCCACUCGCCCAGCCUGCCGGGCAGCGCCAACCUUUCUGCCUCCCUGUCCACCUUGACCUCCGACCUCGAGGCCCUGAGCGGGCACUGGGCUUCCACGCCGCGUGGGGACAGGGGCCCCAAGGCCCAGCGCCUCUCGCACUACCAGGUCUGGGUGAAGUCCCCGGACACCCAGCGAGCCCGGCGCAGGACUUUUCCGGGCUCGCUGGGAGAGAGCACUCCGCGUCACCUACUUGAGGAGGCCGAUCCGGCGAGAGCGGGACAUGCCAGCGAGGCUGACGGGAGGGACGGCCUGCCUGGAGGGAGCGGGGGCACACCCUGCAAAGCAGCGCCAGCCUCGAUCCAGGAGGCUGCAGGCAUGCCUGCCGCUGCGGCGACCAGCGGCUUGCAGGGGACAGCUUUGCUGGUUGAGGCAGUAGCGCUCUCCACAAUUACAGAAACUGAAUUGACCGGCGAAACGCGAUUGCCUCAGACAGGCACUGGAGGGCUUGAGGUGGAGUCGAUGUCAGCCUGGGAGGCUGCCGGAUCACCAGACGUGGGGACGGCGAUCCUGGACGAUCUGGGAGGCCAUCACGACCAGGAACCAGCCCCCGUGGACCAGCAAGCAGCGGCCUCAAGAGAAGAGUCUCCAUCAGCCAGCGCGUCGACGGCACCCGAGGCUGCCUUCACAGAUGCGGACACGGCUUCAUCGGGGGAGGAGUCUGCGCCUGGGAGCGCAGCUGCUGGCAUCGCAGUGCUUCAGGAGCUGAGCCGUGAUCUGGCGGCAGGAGCACCAGGGCCCGCCGUUGAGCCGGAGCCUCACGCGGAACUGCCGUCUGGCUGCCCCACACCCGUGGACCGCAUCGACCUGAUCAGUCCCCCGGUGUUCCUGACCUGCUUGCCCCAGCCUGGGCCGACCUCGACCCCAGAGGAGGCUGGCCCCGGGCAGACCGGCUCCCCCAACCAGCACAACCCCAAUAUCACAGGGGCAGGCAGUACGGAGCGGGACGGCGUGCUGUCUGAGGGCAGCAGCGGGGGGAGCUCGGGGGCAGAUGGCGCCGAGGACGUGGGGCCCCGCCCGUCGCCGCCAUGCUCGCAGCAGCCGCCCCUCCAAGCCCCGCCGCAGCAGCGCCUGCAGGCGCUCUCGCGUCUCAAGCAGCGAGCAGCCGCGCGCCACACCUCCGUCCUCUCCUCCGCGCAGCGCCCCGUGCUCCUCACGGACGCUGGCACCCAGAUCCUCGGCACCCCCUCUGCCUCGUGGCCCACCGUGGCCGCCAAACCCUUCCUGAAGCGGCGCACGUCCGCCGUGCAGAGUCAGCGGCUCGACUGGUCGGGGGUAGGGCCCAGGACCACCACCAAGCUGGACCCCAACCUCAUCCUGGACCGAACGCCGGGCAAGUGA